UUUCUGGUUUGUAAAGGCAUACGCAAGAGGGUCUCAUAACCCACUACUACCCCCAGUAACUUUCCAACGUCACCCCACGCGCUUCACAGCUAACACAGAUUCUCUCCUCUCUCUCUCUCUAAAACUCCAUCUCUCUCUCCAUUUCCACUUUCAGGAGAGAGAAGCUCACUCACAACUUCACACUCAAAACCAAUCUUCUUUCUCUUUGUUUGUGGGUUUGAUCGUGAUUGGGAUUCAAUUCAAGGUGAUCGAAAUAACAUCAUGGCAUUGGUCACAACUGCUGAAGUUUGUGAUGCAAACCCACAGCUCAUUGUUAGUGGUGAGCUCCGUGCUCUCCAGCCAGUUUUCCAGAUAUAUGGCCGGCGCCAAGUCUUCUCUGGCCCAGUAGUCACCCUCAAAGUAUUUGAAGACAAUGUUUUGAUUCGCGAGUUCCUUGAGGAGAAAGGUAAUGGCAGAGUUCUUGUUGUUGAUGGAGGGGGAAGUUUGAGGUGUGCAAUAUUGGGAGGCAAUCCUGUAGUACAAGCUCAGAACAAUGGAUGGGCGGGUAUCGUAGUCAAUGGCUGUAUAAGAGAUGUUGAUGAAAUCAACGGUUGUGAUAUUGGGGUGAGAGCUCUUGCUUCCCAUCCGAUGAAAGCUAAUAAGAAGGGACUGGGAGAAAAACAUGUUCCGAUUACCAUUGCUGGGACUAGAAUCUGCGAUGGGGAAUGGCUUUAUGCAGACACUGAUGGAAUUCUGAUAUCUAGAGGCGAGUUAUGUGUUUGAGGAUGCUUCUCCAUUGGCGGCUGUAUUUGCCUUUCGUGGCUAGUAAGUUACACACUUGUAAUGCUUUAAUUUGAGAAUUUGUCUAUUUAUGAUCAUGGAUGAAACUUCUGAUGGAACUGUGUACUACGCUAUUAAUCGGUUAUAAUGGAAGUGUGUUAAUUUGUUGUUCUUUCUUAAUAAA